AUGGCCAAGAUGAUGCGCGAUCAAUUCAACACGCAGUCACUGGGGAAACCUUUGAAUAUUAUGGUCAAGGAGGCACGCAUAUUGAUGGUAGGAGCUGGAGGAAUCGGAUGCGAAUUACUCAAGAAUUUGGUUUUGGCUGGUUUUGGAGAAAUUCACAUCGUGGAUCUGGAUACUAUCGAUCUUAGCAACUUAAAUCGACAAUUCUUGUUCCGCCAUGAACAUAUUAAGAAAUCAAAGGCUUUGGUUGCGAAAGAUGCGGCGCACAAGUUCAACCCCAAAGUCAAGCUAGAGGCACAUCAUGCGAAUAUUAAGGAUUCACAGUUCAAUGUGGAUUGGUUCAAGGGAUUUACAAUGGUUUUCAAUGCCUUGGAUAAUCUUGAAGCGAGGAGACAUGUAAACAAGAUGUGCUUGGCUGCGGAUAUACCUCUGAUCGAGUCGGGAACAACUGGUUUCAAUGGACAGGUUCAGGUUAUUAAAAAGGGAAAGACAGCAUGUUAUGAUUGCACGACGAAAGAAACGCCAAAGAGUUUUCCAGUUUGCACUAUUCGAAGUACACCAAGUCAGCCUAUUCAUUGCAUAGUUUGGGGAAAGAGCUAUUUAUUGAGUGAGGUAUUUGGUGCUAGUGAGGAUGAAUCGACUGAGAUGGAUCAUUCAGAAGAUUCAGAAAAUGCCAAGGAGAUUGAAAAGCUGCGGUUGGAGUCUCAAGCUUUAAAGAAGAUUAAAGAAUCAAUGGGUACUGAAGCAUUUCCUCAACUGCUCUUCGAUAAGGUCUAUAAGGAUGACAUCGUUCGUUUAAGAUCUAUGGAGGAUAUGUGGAAAUCUAGACGGCCACCUGAGGCUUUAGAUUACGCCACCCUUAGUGCAGAAGCAGGAAAUAUUGAGGCCACAAAGCAAGCUGUACUCAAAGAUGACCAACGAGUUUGGAAUUUACAUGAGAAUCUCAUUGUUUUCAGAGAUAGUUUGGAACGAUUGAGUAAGAGACUACAAGAAAUGAAAGCUACCUCAAAUGGUGCUGGAUCCGCAGAACCAAUAAUUACCUUCGAUAAAGACGAUGAAGAUACUCUGGAUUUUGUCACGGCAAGCGCUAACUUGAGAUCUAUCGUAUUUGGUAUCGAAACCAAAUCUAGAUUUGAUAUCAAGCAAAUGGCUGGUAAUAUCAUCCCUGCUAUUGCAACCACAAAUGCUAUUGUAGCCGGUCUUUGCGUUCUACAAUCAUUCAAAGUUCUUCGUGGUGAUUACUCGAGUAGUAAAGAGAUCUUCCUAUCUCCAUUCGCCCCGGAAAGACUUCUCUCCUCCGACAAAUUUCGAGAACCAAAUCCAGAUUGUCCUGUAUGCAGUGUGGCACAAACACGUGUAUUGGUCGAUAUGUCAAGAGCUACACUUGGUGAUCUUGUCGAAGGUUUCUUGAAACUUCAACUUGGGUAUGGAGAAGAGUUUGUGGUUAACAAUGAAAGUGGACUACUUUAUGAUGUUGAGGAGACGGAGAAUUUGGAUAAGAAACUUAGUGAACUUGGUAUCAAGGGAGAUUCCUUCUUAACCGUAAUUGAUGAAGAUGAUGAAAAUCCAAAAGGUCCUAGAGUUAAUCUCGUACUCAAUGUACAAGAAUCCGAUACCACAAUGGAAGAUGCUCCUAUAAAAAGUCUCGACAUUCACGCUAACCCCUCGAUUCCCGCCGCCUCACUCCUUACCGAAGAACCCGCCUCCAUUCCUCCUGAAUCGCCCAUUCCCCGCCGCAAGAAACCCGCUCGGGAACCAGAACCCACAGUUUCAGCGGAAGGCAAAGCUACAAAUGGUCACGUCAAAACCAUCAGUGGGGAAGAACCUCAAAAUUCCAAUUCUAAUGGUGUCAAAAAGAGAACUGCAUCUGAUGCCCUCGGUAAUGAUGUUUCAACUACAUCAAAGCGGCCAAAGCCUUCAUCGAGUUCUGGCGAUAUGUCAAUGGCUGCUUUGAAUGAUGGUAUUAUUGUAUUAGAUGAUGCCAAUGAUGGUGCUAUUAUGAUUGAUGAUGAUUAG